AGGUUGCUCUGUGAAGAAGUGUAGAUUUCAAAGGUAUUAUAGCCUACAGGUAUAAAGAUAUUAUAUACAGUCAUGCCUAGAAACCUGUGAUAUACCCAGCGCCACUGUAUAUUUGGGCCUGUCCGUCAAAUUAUAUACUCAUAAACAAGAUCAAAUAAAUGAAUUGUUCUUGGAGCACGUGCACCAAGGCGACUAGGACCGUUUUUAGCGGAACUACAGGUCUGCGAGAUCCGUUUCCUCCGGGAGUCUGGCUACGCACGCACAGUUCUGAAAUUGCUGGCGAACUAAAUGGUUUCUUUCUUCGUGGACGCUGGAGGUGGAAAAAGUAUCGCCUCCUUUUCCAAGUGAUCAGAAGGGGCACUUCAGUGUCGUGAGUCCGGCAUCACAGAUCGGGGCAUACAGGGGGGCCGCAGCGAAGACCCGCCUUCACCACAUGAUGAGGACAUGGUUUUCUUUUUCUUUAUUUCCUCUCUCCCUUGCUGAGAAGGAGGAAGAUAUGUGAAUGCGUUUCUUCAAACAGGCGAACGUUUAUCAUCAUCAUCAUCAUCAUCAUCAUCAUCAUCAUCAUCAUCAUCAUGGUCCAAAAGAAAUUCGUCUAUUUUUAUUUUGAAAACUGGCCGAUUUCGAAGGGCAGUCUGCAAUUAAGACGCUGUACGAUCGCUUUUGAUGACACUAUCGGGUAUUUCCUGAGUGAUUUCUGUCGAUUCUUUUCUCGAAAAGUCGAACAAGAUGUAGCUGUUAAACUACCAAUUUAAGGACUGGACUGUUUGAAAUAUAUAUGCAUCUUAGUUAGCUUGGUAGUUCUCAUUGGGACACUGCAGGAUAUGACUUUUCCGCGAACCUGGGAAUAAAGCGUGUGGUCCCUGCUCAUGCGAAAGUUGCUUGUCUUACUUCAGACGUGUUACAUCGAGAUAAAUGCAUUAAGCCAGUGUUAGGCACUGCUGAUUUAGUAUGAGGGCAGUUACAUUGCGAGUGCACUUACUCUUUUUCGGAAAUCGUUGUUUUAGUGCUGUUAUGUAGAAAUGAGCGCACUGUUAGACGUCAUUAAUUCUACCGGUUACGUGGAAACUGCUUGUAGAUAACAGUAUAACCGCAUUACAGUUUAUUAUGAUGCAUGUAUUAGGAUUUAUGUUUAUACAUGCACAACUAAUGCAUGCUUGAACUGAAAUCUGAAUCUCUAUGUAACUGCCUCGGGAAGGAAAAAAGUACCAGCAUCCGUGCCAAAUACCCACAUGCAUCUAGAAAAAUGAUACCUACUGAUCUGACAGCAGCAAUGAGUCUGGGCCUUAUAAGCAGUGCUUAGUUUAUAGCAGCUUCUGUCACGAGUUCUCAUCUGAUUUUUUUUUUUUUUGACCCACCCAGGAACGGUUUCCCUGUUUUUUUUCCCCCUAUACGCAGCGGUUACUCGGUGCCAUGCGCGUCUACUCCCUGCUUGCCGUUUUCCGGCCGGCGUUUCCCCUCAUUCUAGGGCUUUCACUGGGGUGCAGCCUCAGUCUGCUCAUGUUAUCCUGGAACCAGGAGGACCCCGAGGAACCUUGUAACAAUGAGCUGGCUAAUGGUGGGCUCGUGCCAGGGAGACUGAAAGGUGACUCCCAGAGCAAUUACAGAGACUUGGCUAAUGAGGAUUUCCAGCCUCGCGUCAUUCCAUACCAGAGGGACCCUAGCAAGCCACAUAGGAAAGUGCUUAGGACACGUUACAUUCACACAGAGCUGGGAAUCCGAGAGCGCCUCCUGGUGGGAGUGUUGACUUCCCGCGCCACCCUCAACACGCUGGCGGUGGCCGUGAACCGUACUGUGGCCCAUCACGCUCACCGCACCUUUUUCUUCACUGGGUUGCGCGGUGCCAAGCUGCCGCACGGCAUGACUGUGGUUGCCCACGGCGACGACCGGCCCGUCUGGCUCAUGUAUGAGACGGUUCGGCACCUGCAUCAGCACUAUGGUACUGACUACGACUGGUUCUACCUGGCGCAAGACGACACGUACACGCAUGCCGAACGGCUGGCAGAGUUGGUGGGCCACCUGAGCGCCGGGCAGGACCUCUACAUGGGGCGGCCGGAGGAGUUCAUCGGCGGCGAGGAGCGUGCACGUUACUGCCAUGGCGGGUACGGCUACCUGCUCUCCCGCAGCCUGCUGGCCCGCUUGCAGCCCCACCUGGACACCUGCCGCAAUGACAUCCUGAGCGUCAGGCCUGACGAGUGGCUCGGCCGCUGUAUCAUCGACUACUUGGGUCUGAACUGCGUGGAAGAGCUCCAGGAGAUGCGUUACCGCUACUUCGAGCUGGGGAAGAACGCGGACCCGGAGCGUGAGGACAGCCCGCAGUUUAAGAAGGCCUUUGCAGUCCACCCAGUCUCAGAGCCAGACCUCAUGUACCGCUUACACAAGCAUUUCAGUCAGAUCGAGUUGGACCAGACAUACUUGCAGAUUCAGCAGCUACAGGUCCAGAUCAGUAACUUAAGUGAGCUGACGCCAGAGGGUAAAGCCGGAAACAGCUGGCCAAUCGGCAUCAAUCCGCCGUUCCAGCCUAAGACGCGUUUUGAAGUCAUCAACUGGGAGUACUUCACGGAGGAGCACAUUUACUCGUGUACUAACGGCGCUCCCAAGUGUGAGCUGCGGGGCGCGGAUAAAGCCGACAUCAGUGUCGUGCUCGAGACCGCAGUAGAGCGCCUGAACGAGCGCUACCAGCCCCAGCUUCGCUUCCGCAUGCACCGGCUCCUGAAUGGCUACCGCCGCUUCGACCCCACGCGCGGCAUGGAGUAUACCCUGGACCUGGUCCUGGAAGCUUUCACCCAGAAAGGCCACAGCCAGGUCAUUGCCAAGCGUGUGGGCCUUCUCCGUCCCCUCAGCUCCAUUGAGAUCAUCCCCAUGCCUUAUGUUACAGAGGCUACUCGGGUUCAAGUCAUCCUGCCCAUCACCGCUAAUAACCAGGAUUAUGUGGGGAACUUCCUGGAUACGUAUGCGAUGAAUGCCUUGGACACGCACGACAAUGUUCUUCUUACCUUCCUCCUCAUUUACGACUCGUUUGAUGCUCAGAGGGUCAAAGAGGAAGACGUCUUUGCUGGGGUCAAGUCAAUGAUCGGUGAGGUUGAAAAGCGGUACAGCGACGUGAAGAUCCCAUGGAUCAGUGUGAAAACUGAGGUGCCUUCGCAGGUCAAGCUCAUGGACAUCAUUUCCAAGAAACACCCAGUGGACACUCUGUUUUUCAUGGCGAACGUCUGGACCGAGGUGAACGGUGACUUCCUCAACCGUUGCCGUAUGAAUGCUAUAAAUAAUUGGCAGGUCUUCUUCCCCAUUCACUUCCAGGAGUAUAGCCCAGCCAUUAUGUAUCGUGAGCAGCAGCCCUCUGCUGGAGCUUCCCCCUUCAGCUCUGACCCUCUGCGUAACGGCCACUUUGACCGGCAUGUCUUUGACGAAUCCUGCUUCUACAAUGUGGACUACAUGGCUGCUCGCACCAAGGUGACCACUGACAUCCUGGACAACGACGAGCUCUUGGAAAGCAUGGACGUCUACGACAUCUUUAUUCGCUACUCUGGCCUCCAUGUGUUCCGGGCUGUGGAGCCGGCACUAGUCCAGAAGUAUGUGCGCCGGCCCUGCAAUCCUCGCUUCAGUGAAGACAUCUACCAGCGUUGUAUACUGAGCAACCUAGAGGGACUUGCGUCUCGCUCGCACCUGGCUAUGGCUCUCUUUGAGCAAGAGCAAGCUAACAGCACCUAGCUGCUAUUAUGCUCCAUACAUGGACCCUUUUUAUAUUGCCCUGGCUGCGGUACUCUUGGACAAAUUAGGCUAGCAGCAAUUAGCCUAUGCAUUGGUCAGGUAUUACUGCUCUUGUAGAACGCAGGAGUCUUUUACCCCAUCAUAUUAGUAGUAUUUCAUAUCUAAAUAUGAUUGAGGGAAUUCCCAUGAGGAAAUCACAACAAAACUUGGAGGACCUAGAUUCACUGUCUAGCUUCAGUCUCUGACAUACUUAUUUUGCAACUCUUGUUUUUGCAAGGCAUUGCUUUACAGCUAAUUUAAUUUUUUCCAAUGUGCACUUCUUCCAUGCCUUGGAUCUAUGUUGCCAGGAAUCUUAAGACAAAAGCUUCUUAAGGAGAGUGACUGAAUGUAUUCAUGCUGACUGCUGUCAUUGGGCAGCUUGUAGGUCAGUAUGAAAAGUCCCUUGACUGUGCUGCUGCCUCACUGAGCAUGAAGAACAAAUGCUUUUUGGCUAAUGCUACUCAUUGCUAAGACUAUAUGAAGAGUAAAUGCAACUGGGGUCGUUCAUUUGUGUAAGAUCCUAUGUGCCACAAAACCAAAUGAUUUUAACGGUUACAUUUGCUUGUGUCAGCCCAGUUGCUUACAAUUAAAAUGAGUACAAUCAGGGACCAAAACGAGCAAUGUGCAGGAAAUUAUCUUCAGCUAUGCUAAAGACUUUUUUAAUAUUAAUUGUUGAAUGUAAACGGUUCAUCUAUAGCUAUAUGAGGAAAUAUGUGAGAGUUAUAGGAACUUAAUAAAUACUGUAUGUGAGUUGAAUUUACCACCACGCUGGGGAUAUUGCUGUCCAGCACAGAGCUUCUGUCUGCUUUCCCAAUAGGCAGAGCAAGUGUCUCUCUCUUUUCAUGGCUGCAGGGAUGUGUUUAGGUUUCCAUUUCACAGGAAGUGAUGUAAGGGCUGGGGGGAACAAUGCUGCCUCAGUGAGCUGGCCCCGGCGGUGCAGAUGCUUUUGCUUCCCUCAAAUGCUCCCCCUUACGCUUCUCCCCUGAGGCCUUCUGGUACGUCUGGAUUCCUGGGUUGAGUGUUCAUAGCCUGAUGUCCUUGGGAAAGGUGCUCUCUGGCUGCUACACAGUGAUAGUCUCCCAAAUUUUGGCCUACAAGCCUCCUUGUAACAUUUUGGAGUAUUAUGAUGGGAGUACUGAUGGGCGUACUGAUUAAUGUUUUGCAUUGGUUUCUGGUUAAUAUUAACAGGUGAUGUAUUUUAUAUGUUCAUGUUUCACUGACUCAUGAUUGGAUUUUGGGGCUUCUCCGUUUUGUUUUCUAGUUUGUCAUUGCCCUUGUAGACCUUUUGUACUACAUCAUUUCAGCAGUUGUACAUUACAUUUGAGUACCCCUGCUCUAGGUAAUUUUUGAACUUUUAAACGUUUUGCUAUGAUUUUAAGUGAUUGUUA